AUGGAGCAAAAGGAGAAUAAAGGCGGCGGCGGUUCGUCGAAACCGUCGCCGGCGACGAAUGAGCGGAAAGCGAAACCGAUGAAGGUGAAGCACAUCGUGACGCAGACGGUGUGCACCGACGAGGCGCACUUCAAGUCGGUCGUGCAGAGGCUGACCGGGAAGGAUUCGGUCGUGGGGGAGACGCCGUCGGAGAAGGCGACCGGGUCGAAGGCCGGAUCGACAUUUGUCGGCGAAGAAGGCGAAAAGAGGAAGGAAGAGUUUGAGGAUGCAUUGAUGGGGGAGUUGCCAUCCAUAGAAGAGUUGAGACAAUGGUGGUGUGAUUAA